AUGGCAAUCCACACCCUUGCAGUCACCGUCAUCACGGUGGUUUAUUUCAUUAUUCGCUAUUUCAAUCGCACCGAUGUCCCCAAGAUCAAAGGCAUCCCGGAGAUCCCUGGCGUACCCAUAUUUGGCAACCUAUUGCAAUUAGGGGAUCAGCAUGCAACAGUUGCGGGGAAAUGGGCGAAGAAAUUCGGCCCAGUUUUCCAACGCAUCGUGUUCGCCAACAGCUUUGAAUCCGUCCGCCAAUUAUGGAUUAAGGACUCGUCUGCUUUGAUCUCUCGCCCGACAUUCCACACCUUCCACAGCGUCGUCUCCAGCUCACAGGGAUUCACUGUCGGAACUUCUCCGUGGGAUGACUCCUGCAAGCAACGCCGAAAGGCAGCUGCCACUGCGCUGAAUCGACCGGCGGUACAAUCAUAUAUGCCCAUCAUCGAUCUCGAAUCCAAUUCCAGCAUUAAAGAGCUAUACCGGGACAGCCAGAAUGGAAAACGUGACGUGAAUCCCACUACAUACUUUCAGCGAUACGCCCUCAACACUAGUUUGACUCUGAACUAUGGGUUCCGCAUCGAUGGCAACGUGGAUGACACACUGCUGCACGAGAUUGUGGAUGUGGAGCGUGGCGUGUCCAACUUCCGCAGCACUUCGAACAACUGGCAGGAUUAUAUUCCCCUGUUGCGCAUCCUCCCCAAGAUGAACAACGAGGCCGAAGACUUCCGGGGCCGCCGUGACAAAUAUCUGACAUACUUGCUCGAUAUGCUCAAGGAUCGCAUCGCCAAGGGAACGGAUAAGCCAUGCAUCACUGGUAAUAUCUUGAAGGAUCCCGAGGCGAAGCUGAAUGAUGCCGAGGUGAAAUCGAUCUGUUUGACCAUGGUGUCGGCUGGUCUUGACACCGUCCCAGGUAACUUGAUUAUGGGAAUCGCCUAUCUGGCAUCCGAGGACGGCCAAAGAAUCCAGAAAAAGGCCUAUGACUCGAUCAUGGAGGUCUACCCGGACGGGGAUGCUUGGGAGAAAUGUUUGGUGGAGGAGAAGGUCCCCUAUGUGACGGCACUGGUAAAGGAGAUCUUGCGGUUCUGGACGGUCAUUCCUAUUUGUCUGCCACGCGAGAGCACCAAGGAUAUCCAGUGGAAUGGAGCCACGAUCCCUUCUGGCACGACUUUCUUCAUGAAUGCUUGGGCUGCCGAUUACGACGAAGACCACUUUAAGGAUGCCGAUAAAUUCAUCCCGGAGCGUUAUUUGGAACUCAAUGAGGGUGCAGGCACUCCACACUACGCAUAUGGAGCAGGAUCGCGCAUGUGUGCAGGAUCACAUCUCGCCAAUCGCGAGCUGUUCACUGCUUUUAUUCGGCUCAUCACUGCUUUCCACAUGCACACGGCAAAAGAGGCUGCCGACCGGCCAAUUCUUAAUGCAAUUGAGUGCAAUUUGAUUCCGACAGCCUUGACAACUGAGCCAAAGCCAUUCAAGGUCGGGUUUACUGCACGCGACCGUAAGAAGCUUGACCGGUGGAUCGCCGAGAGCGAUGAGCGCACCAAAGAUAUAUAA